GCGCGUUCGUUCUUUCCACCAUAAUAGGAAAGCCAUCGUUGAAGGCCACCUCCGCUUUUUCCCUUCAAAUACUUUCUUCUUUUUUUUUCCCGUCGGCGUCAACUCCUUCGGCAUCGUGCACACCUUCGCUCGAGCAGCCCCCUGCGCGUACAAGGCUCACCGGUGCCAAACGCUCUGCUCCCGUCCGCGGUCCAUUCUCCCCUUCUCAAAGCACACUUACCACCGUCUGACCCAAGAUGCCGUGGUACAAGCGAAAACCGGUGUCCCUAUUGACGCUGCCGCCUGAGGUUGAGCGCACGAACCUGUUCCGUAUUCAUGGCCACCGCGGCGUUUAUCAACAAGAAAACGCUCUAUAUGGUUCCCCGGCUUCCGGACCGCCUUCCAGGCCUCGCACACCGGCGCACGGCGGUUAUCCCAACCAUCCGGACCGUCCUCAGCAGUCUCAAUCCCAGGAAUCUGAUCAGAUGGACGAGUCGGAGCAGCCACAGCCCAUGUAUGGAUUGCAUGCCCAGACGGAAGUCUGGCAGAUCAGAUGUACCGGCGAGAUCUUCACCAGUUACGAAGACUAUGUUGCGCGGUAUGGCUUUCUCCGCAAGAGGCAGUUCACAUGUGGAAAGACCGGAAUAUCGAAUCUCACCUACGAGGAGGCGCUCGAGUCUGAGAGGCAAGCCGUAAAACGAAUAGAAGAAAGUUUUCCGGAGGUCUGGCGUGCGCCUGCGAUUCGGAUGAUCCAUUACAGCACGGACAAACUCAACAACUUGAUUGAGGACCUCUACGAACAGUUCGCGGGACAUCUGUACAUGUUCGAGCACGUGUACGUCAGUGUGGUUGGCACGCUCGCACUAGCCAAGAUCCUCGGGGCCAUGUCCCCACCAGACGCAAAACCAUACCAGAUCCUGGAAAACCUGGACGGUCCCUUCCCGACCGAUAACUUUGAAAUUCUCUACCGCGUGAACCUGGUGGACAAAAAUGACGAGCUGCUUACCAUCGAGGAGACGGAGGGUAUACCCGUGGAGUACAUUCUCCCUGUCGCACAACUGCGGCGCGAUCGAGGGAUCUUGGCCAAGCAGAGCUUCAAGAAAUUCAUCCGGGAUGUCGCGACGAGGGAUGUGUGGCCUGGUGCGCCAUGGAUCGUGCGGCCGGAGUUCCUGCAGGAGUAUCGCGUCCCGGAUGUCAUGCCGCCGGCGGUUCGUGAGCUGCUCGACGAGAAGCGGAGGAAGUCUUUGGCUGAUGCCAAGGCGCAGGCAGCCAAGAAGGACAGGGAGAAAGCCAAGAAGAAAGCGAAACGCGAGAGCGAAGCAGCCUUUCUCGAGGAAGGCGAUGAGGGAGGUGAAGACGACAGCGGUCCGAAAGCAGGCGCAAAGAAGAAAGGGCGGCCACGCAAGAAUCCCGAAGCCGAGGAGACAUCGAGCGGAAAAAAGAAAGGCGGCCGUCCAAAGAAAGCGGCAUCGCCUGAAGCUGCCCCAGUCCCACCGCCCAAGCCAGCCAAGCCGAAACGGAAACCGAAACCCAAGCCUCUGCGAUUCCCUAUGGAUGAUCUGGAGCUUCUUGCGCACGCUGAUCAGCUCAAAGAACUGCCUGGAUGGCCCACCGCCACGAUUCCUGAACCGCAGACGGAUUUCGGCGACGUUCCUCCGCCGUUGGUCGGGGAUCUUAUACAAGUGGUCAAUUUCUUGAACAUCUACUCUCGGCCAUUAAACAUGUUCCCGUUCACGGUCGCCGACUUCAUAUCCUCGCUAUCGAGCACGACGUUGGAUGGACCGAGUUCGCUCGUCAACGAGGCGUUUGCAUGUCUUCUUCGCGUCGCUUGUAAUGAGUACGGGUUCAAGGUAGGCGAUAUGGACACGCCUCCUGUCCACCCAGAGGCCAAGGCGGCCAUCACUCUAGUUGCGGACGAUCAAUCCGCCGAGGGACUGUUACCGACAGUCACGCCGGAAACCCGCACGGCGAUGGAGCAGUACGCAGCGACCUACAGCACCUUCACAGACGACGAGCGCGCAGCGCUUGACCAAUGGUGGAAAUGGGAGCCCGAGAAAUGGAACCGCGAAGUCCCAACAGGCAAGCGCGGAGCCACAGCAGCAGCUCAGCAGCAGCUGAAAGAAGGCCCGUCGUUGUUGAGACUCAAAGCGUGGCAGAUUGUGCUUGCGGGCGCGUUAAGGGACUGUGCGAGUAUUGAAAGUGUACCGGACAAGUGGCCCAUUCUUGCCAAGCUGCUGUGUGGGGAGCAUCAUGGGGAGGAUGUGGAGGAUGAGAUGGAGAUCGAUGUUAAGGACGAUGAGGACCCCGUGGUGGCCGCGGGAGAUACGUCUGCAGCUAUGGACAUUGUGAUUGAUGAUGAUGAGACGCCUUCACCCGCCGCGACGGAUCUGGGGACACCCGAGGUGGAAGACGGGACUGCGAGGCCGUUUGGAUUGCGCAAACGCCGUCGACGCGAAUAUGACGACGAUUACGAGGCUGGAUCGGAUUACCCGUCCAAGCGCGAGGGCGACCCGGCAUCCAACACGGCGGCGGGUCGUGGCGCCCGCGCCCAGCACCGCGCACAGGUCAAGGGCGUAACCACCGAAGUUGGUUCCGUCCCUGCUCCCGCCUCGAAAGCCCGCGCCACGCCAACCGCGACUGCUUCGUCAACAUCGGGUGCGGCAAGCAAGAAAAAGGGCAAAUCCAAAAAAGCCAAACUGGCCUUCGACCGGCUAAUCGACCACACCCAAACCGGCUUCUCCACCCGCCUCACCGCCGCACACCGCGUCCAACUCCUCACCUUCCUCGUCGACCACCUCGUCGGCACCUCUGACGUGAUCCGCGACUACAUCGAUGAGUGCAUCGAGUGUGCCAACGAGCUGCGGAAGGAGAAACGCGAGAUUUGGAGGGAGAAGAGGGAGCUUGCGGCGCUUGUGGCGGAGUUUGAGAAGGUGGAGAGGGAUGAGGCGGCGGCGGCGGCUUAUAAGGAGGCUGUCAAGGAGGGGAGUCAGGGUGCGAAUGGGGCGGAGGGUGUGGACAUCACGGGUGGAUCUCCGCCUGCGGAAACACACGAAUCGGAACCGGGAGCUGGCGAUGGAGAAAGUGUGGCCUUCAGCGUGUCUGCAUCGCGGUCGUCGGAUGCCGGGUCGGUGUCCUCGGGUGGCGAUGAUUCAGAAGGGAAAGGGAAAGGCAAGACGAAUGGACGGAGUUGGGAGGACAAGGACGUCGAUGUGGAAGAAGAUUCAGAGGACGAUCAUAAGCGCCUGCUGACGUCUCGUCGGACUGGUGGGAGACACUCAACGGGAGCGUCCACCGCCAACUCCAAGCACCAUAGCCCCUCUCCGCGGUCCUCUGGCCGCGGCGGUCGCCGACAAAGCGAUUCCGGCGCCUCAGGCACGACAGCGACCGCCACAACCUCCCGCGUCGCGAAACUGCAAGCUGAACGUCUUCGCCAACAACACAUCGACAACCUCCAACGCGCAGCCCAGGCCGCGCAACAAGCCGAACUGAAGAACGCGAAAAAAAUCGCCCGCGAACGUAACCUCCAACGCAAAUCCUUCCUCGACCGCGACGCCGACCUCGUCCUCCGCGACGUCGCGAUCGAUAACGCUAUCCACCACUGCACAGCUGCCUCACGCAUGGUCAAGUUUGCGACGGAUAGGUACCAUAAUAGGUACUGGUUCUUUGACCAGCCGUUCUUUUAUACUGCGCGACAGCUGCCGGAGCCGGCGAUGUAUAAGGCGAUUGAGACGCUCCCCGGUGUGGCUGGUGCGGGAGGCGUGGGUCACCACCCGCCGCCGGUGUUUGUGCAUGAUCGGAUAUACGUUGAGUGUGUUGGGAUUCAACCGCCCGGGCAAGCUGCCGACGGCGAUGAGAAGAAGAACGCGACGGCAACGACAACGACACAACUGACGCCACGGGAACAAGAUGUUGUGAUCCAAGGCGUCACCCACGGCCGCUGGGGCUACUAUUCCACCAAACGCGAAGUCGACACGCUCCUCGACGCCCUUGAAGUCCGCGGUGUGCGUGAGAAGGCACUCAAGGCCGCGCUCGAGGAGGAGGUGCUGGAAGUUUGGGAGGGUGUGGAUGACGCAGGGAGUCACUCUGCACCUGUACCGCCGCUGGAGGCGACAGACGAGAAUGGGGAAACGAAACCGGAUGUGGGUGGAGCCGAGGUCUCGGUGGCCGGCACGACCAACGGUAAACCACGUAACCCGCGCAGCGGCCGCCGUCGAUCCUCGGCCGCUGCGGCUGCGAAUGCAAACAGCGCCACCACGGGGGAGGGCGAGCCGACUGUGAAUGAUCUUUGGGCGGAGAGUGUGCUGGGCUUGCCGGCGCCGGGGAGGGAGAAGGAGCCGACGGGGGUUUAUGUUAAUUGGUGGGCGGAGUAGACGGGAUAUUUUUUCUGUUGUGGGUGAGGGUGUGGUAUAGUGCGAACAUCCUGUGGCGAUAUAUAUCUUUUGCAUUUCAAGGGAUGGUUCAUGAGGUAGAAGUGGACAUUCAUUUGAAAAACAAGGCGUGAAUUCAAUCAUUUUGGAACUUCACGUGACUUGCACAUCGAAUUCAAUUCCCGGUAAGACUCGCAGCUUAUGGACGCACAGCUCACAGCGAAUAUCGUCUUCCCCACAGCUCCACACACAACAAACGGAACAUCGCCCAAAAUGUCCAAAGCACCGACCCCCGAAC